UGCCGUUCAGUCGCAAUUGGAAUAACAGUACGCGCGGGUGCUGCUGCUAUCUCGUUGCCGUUACCGCAGCUGCCUUCGCAGUCGCUUGAAAUCUUCUUUACAUUUACUACUAGCCUGGCACUUGGCGCGCCUGGACAACGACAACGUAAUUUGCGUUUUGGGAGUGCUGCUGGAAAGUGUUGCUGGUGCCUUUAAAAAUAGUCGCGUAAGAAAAAGAGCAGCAACUAGCAUUCGUUUUAAAGUGCGCAACGUGUUAUAAAUAAAAUAAAAUAAAAGUGAAGCAGAAAGUGUAAUUAUUAGAUGAAGAAGAACACAAAAACAACAACAGCAGCUGCCGCAAAACCGGCGAAUGAUCAACCGAAAUAAAAUCGAAAGUUUCGCCCUAAUGAGCAUGGCACAGACGACGGAGGAGGGCAUCCAAAUUGUCGCCGUUCGUUCGUUUCUCUUCCGCCCAAAACAAACUGGGAGCCAUCCACUGCUCUAGGUUUUGAUGUCUUUGAAGACAAGUAUGUGAAGACUUGUAAGUAAAAUGUUUGUGGAAGUAUUUUGAAAAUUCAAUAUUAUCAUAGCAUUGCGUAGCCGGCACGUAGUCCCGCCCAGAAAAGCCGCCCACAGCGUGUAACAAUCAGAUGAGCAAGAGAGAGCAACGAAAGUCAUUAAAAACUAAAUGAAAUGAAAAUAUUGCAUGCAAUGCAAAUGAAACUUUAAAAUAUAAUAAUAAAUAAACUAAAACUGAAACUGAAAAACUUGCAAUCAAAACCAAACGGAUGAAAUCAAAAUACCAAAGAAGAGUUACAAGACCAACGCGUAAAAAACAAAAACCAAAACCAAAAAAUACAUAAAAAGCAACAACAAAAAAACAGCAACAGCAAUAACAACAGCAAUAAGUAUAAAUGUUGCUGCCACAGGCCAAAGAAGUGAAACUGAAUGGAAGCGGUGUCAGCAGCAACAACAACAACAAAAUGGCACUGGGCAAAUCCAUUAAAAUGUACCUGACCAUAUUCGUAGCCACAACCUGUGUCUACAUGGUGCUCUAUCAAUAUCACAUGUCCCGACAGCCACUCGCCACCAACGAGGUCAUUAAGCAUACCGAUAAAUCAUCAUCAUCACCCUUGUCUUCGUCAUUUAUCGCCUCAUAUUUGUGGUCACCCGCGGCCAACGUCAACACAACCGCAAUGGGGCAGGGACAAGGGGAGGGGCAGAGACAGAGGCAGAGGCAGAGGCAGGGGCAGGGGCCAAUCCAAUUACAUGCGCCAAAUGCAACAGACAUUGCCACCUCCACGUCUGCCUCGAUGGCUGCAUCUGCCAUGUCCUUCUUAUCGACGGUUUCAUUGCCUUUGACAUUGUCAUCGUCAUCGUCAUCAUCAUCAUCAUCAUCAGAUGCCAAGUCCAUUAUCACAAGAACUACAACAACAAGAACAGCGCCUGCUCUGACAUCAACAACAACGACAGCAGCAACAACAACAACAUCAACAACAAGAACAACUACAACUACAACAAGAACUACUCAAAAACGAUUAGUGACAAGCGGCCACGCCCAAAAUGCAAUGGGAAAAGCCGACGGGGGCGUCGCUCAUAAAACUCGCUCAACAUUUAUUGCCGUUUCCAAACCCCCGCCAUUGUACAUCAUCACGCCCACUUAUCGACGACCCGAGCAACUGGCGGAGCUGACACGACUCGGCUACACGCUGAAGCAUGUGCUCAACCUGCUCUGGCUGGUGAUUGAGGAUGCCAACAGGACGAACCCAUUGGUGGCGCACACCCUGGAUCGCAUUGGCGUGCCCUACGAGUACCUAGUGGCGCCCAUGCCCGAGCAGUACAAACUGACGAAGCGUGCCAAGCCCCGUGGUGUCUCGAAUCGGAAUCGAGGACUCGAUUAUCUGCGAGCCAAUGCCACUGAGGGUGUACUCUACUUUGCCGACGACGAUAACACCUAUGACAUUAACAUAUUCGAGCAGAUGCGCUAUACAAAAAAGGUGUCCAUGUGGCCGGUUGGUCUAGUCACCAAGACUGGCGUCAGCAGUCCCAUCAUACGUGAGGGCAAGUUGGAGGGCUACUACGAUGGCUGGAUCGGUGGUCGCAAGUAUCCCGUCGAUAUGGCAGGCUUCGCUGUGAGCGUCAAGUUUCUGCACGAGCGACCGCAAGCGAAGAUGCCUUUCAAACCGGGCUAUGAAGAGGAUGGUUUUUUGCGCAGCCUGGCUCCUUUGGACAAUGCCGAAAUUGAGCUGCUUGCUGAUGAGUGCAGAGAGAUACUCACUUGGCACACGCAGACUAAAAAGAAUUCUCCCGCAUUGCCGCUGAAUAUGACGCGAUAUGGACAUACGAAUUUGGCGUUUAUUGAGAAGCUGCUGGUGCGGCCAUAAGUCGUACAAUGAAGAGGGCUGCUGGUUUUGGUCCAAACUCUAUAGUUAGGUAUUAGUUAGGUAUUAACGAUGAAUGGUAACGAUUACCAUUACAAAAUGCAAUCGUGUAUGGCAGGCGAGUGAGCUCACAAAGUGUCCGUGACUUUAACCAAGUUGUACAGGUACAAUUCGGAGUUGAAGUCGUUUCAAUGUACCGACUAUCAUUAGUGUUGCACAACGUAAUCACCGUUACAGUUAGUUGCAAUUAGUUAGGCUCUAAGCGCACACGUUUAUACGACAUUCGAGUAUUAAUUUACUAUAUAUUUGUAAUUACUAAUCACGAAUCACAAGAUGAGCACUGUUUGACCCCAGGCCGGCAUCAUCACCAUCAUCAUUAUGAUUAUCAUUAAUUAGCAUUAGCAUCAGUCAUCAUAUCAUCAUCAUUGACAGUCGCACAGUGUAUACCUUUAAGUAUUGUACAUUACAAAUAUGAUAUUGUCCUGAAUAUGCAUAUAUUCACAUCUACAUUUAUAUACAUAUAUUUUGUACAUAUUUGCAAUAAAUUUAAACUAAGCCAAGACUUAAUUUAAGACGGUUAAUUUUUGACGAAGACAAGAAGUAUUUAAGUGCAUUACUUUAUGAAAGACAACAGCCUAAUGCCUAAUUGUAAUUGUAAUUCUAAUUUAAUUUAGCAUCUAAGUUGAAAUGAUAAUUCAGUUAUGUGCUGUCGAAUUCACGCAUAAACCACUCAAAACAAUACACAACUAUGGUUUCUGUUCCUAAAAUCUAAGUUGGUUUCAUUUUCAAAUCAAUCUUAUUUGCACAUUUUAAAUAACUUCAAUGUUAAUCAUAUAUUAUUUGUUUGUUCUAUAAUAGUUCUCAAUUUGAGUUGUGAAGUUUCUCAGUUGUAUUGCAAUUGUAAAGAUGUCAAUAGUUCAAGGCCGAGGCAGACAAACAUUCGAGUAUUGGGUGGGCGUGUCUAAAGUUGAGCAACUAUAAGUAUUUAUUUAUACUGCGAGUGCUACGAAGAAGCCAUCGGAAAUGCAAACAAACAGCAGCUAAAAUGUGGGCCGCAACCAUUUCAAUAAUGCAUGUUGGCACACUUGUCUAUCAAGGCGUUACUUCAGACCCUCAGCGGACCUACAGACGGACAAACAGACUGACUGUCAGACAGACAGACUGAAGGGUGGACAGACAGCGGGACAGAUAAAGCAGAGGCCAAUGAUUUAGUCACAUGGGCUGGGCUGGGCCCUCGUGGGACUCGAAUCGCGUGCCAACUGAUAGCGAUGGUAAUGGGUAAUGGCAAUUGAAAGGGGGAAAAUAACAAAAAUAAAAAACAAAAACAAUGACAAAAAACAUAAAAAUAAAGAAAAACAGUUUGAGAAAUUACCGAAAA